AUGGCUGACUAUCUGUAUGAGCUCUUGACCCCCCAUCUGGCUCCCCCAGAUGCCUCCUCUUUGUCUCCUGAACACAAUGCCACCACGGCCCAGUACCUCACCCGAUUGCCUACCCUCUCGCUCCAGGCUUUACAGGAGACCGAAUCUCAGUCGCUAGCGCAGUCCUCUCAUUCCACCCUUAUCUCCCUCCAGGCGCUGUCCAAUCGCUCCCACAAAGACUUCAUCACCUCUGCCGACAGCCUAUCGCACCUUCAGGCAUCAAUCCCGCAGCUUAUCCGUGACGCACAACAUCUUCGCGAUGCAAUCCCGAGACUCGACGACGAGGCCGUCCAGUUCGCCGCAAAGUACAGUCGCACGGCGGAAAAUGUGGCCUUAGAGCAGCGCAAAAAGGCCAUGCAGUUGGCACGGAACGUGGACCGACUCUCCGACAUCUUAGAUCUCCCCACCCUCCUGUCGACGACCGUCUCUUCCGCCUCCGCAAGCUCGGGGGCUGCGGGGGGCUCGUUCUCGACCACAUACUCUGCAGCAUUGGACUUACACGCGCAUAUUAAGAGAUUACAAACCCUGUACCCCGACUCUCCGCUGGUCAAAGACGUCGUCCUGCAAGCCGAAGAUGCCAUGAAGGACAUGACUACGAAUCUGAUUGCUGGUCUCCGCACACAAAAUCUGCGACUAGCUGCUGCCAUGAGAACGGUUGGCUGGAUGCGCCGAGUGGCCCCCGAAUUGGAGAACCUGCGUAGCCAUGGGGGUACCGGCUCUGGGGAAGGCGCCCUGGGAGCCUUGUUUCUGAUAUGUAGGCUGGCAAACUUGGUAUCUACACUCGACGCGUUGGAACCGUUACGGGAACUCGCCGAACAGGAGACGCAGCGGAGGGUGGACAAUCUCGGGAAAAAAGGUGGAACCGCCAGCUCGUGGUCGGCCGGCUAUCAGACCGAGAGGUUUUUGAAACGGUACAUCGAGAUUUUUCGCGAGCAGAGCUUUGCCAUUGUUUCCUUGUACAAGAACAUCUUCACUCCCGACCAGUCCGAGUCGGAUCUAGCCGUGGCAGGGAUACGGGGAAUUGAUGCGCGUAUCAAAACGACGCCUACGCCUCGCCCAGAGGAUCCAUUGCAGGCCCUGCCUUCAGCACUUGCUACUUUCCCCAUGCAGCUCGUUCAGUUGCUUACGGACACAUUACGGUCUUUUCUUCCUAAUGUCCAGGAUAGAAGCUCGCGCGAGAGUCUCCUCACCCAGGUCCUCUACUGCGCCGCCAGUCUAGGUCGACUCGGUGGGGAUUUCGGGAUGAUUCUUACGGAGUUGAGCGACGGGAAUGACGACGAAGGGGUGACAUAUGAAUGGGAGGAGGUGACACGAAAACAUCGGACCUUGGCAGGACGCCUGGAGCAGCUAACGGGGGGAAAUACAACCUCCAAAGGCCUGACAAGUGCCUCCAUCCACUCAUAA